AUGCCGCUGCUCCAAGGGCGUUCUUCUUCGCCAAACGCGUGCGAUGGCGACCUCAUCAUUGUACAGGAGAAGUACAACGCACUAACCCCCGUCGUUCUAAGGGCCGGCUCGUUUCUGAACAACCGCUAUGGCCGCUUUGCUCACGAUGAUGUCAUCGGACAUCCCUUAGGCCGGCGGUGGGAGGCCAAGUCACACCCUGGCACGGGCUCUGGAACGCAAGCAUGCGCUGGCUUUGUUCAUGCUUUGAAACCCACGCCGGAAUUGUGGUCGCUAGCUAUGUUCCAUCGCACCCAGAUAGUUUACCCUCACGACUCUGCCGUCAUCACCCUUUUUCUCGACCUCCGCCCUGGUCAAGUGCUCAUCGAGUCGGGUACUGGUUCUGGGUCGGCUUCUGUUGCUUUCGCGAGAGCUGUUGCCCCAUUGGGGCAAGUGCGGUCCUUUGAGUUCCACAAGCCACGUGCCGACGCAGCCCAGAAGGAUUUUCGGGCGCUAGGCCUUGAGCACGUCGUCAAAGUCACUGGCGGCGUGGAUGUCGUCAAACAAGGCUUUCUUGGUGUAAAUGACGGAGAAGCAGAUGCCGUAUUUUUGGACUUGCCAGCCCCGUAUCUGAUGGGUGAAGAAGUUGCACGGGUGCUCAAACCGAACGGCACGGUUUGCACUUUUUCACCAUGCCUGGAGCAAGUACAAAAGAGCGCAGAAAUGUUCCGCAAGGGUCCGUUUCAUUCAGUGCGCACAGUUACUGCGCCAGUGCGGACGUACGAGACUCGCGAACAGAUUCUUGGCACUCCUGGGUUUGAUGAACUGCAGGAGAGCCAGAAGGACGUGGCCAACCCAGCCUUAAAUGAUGAGAGCUCUCGUCACCGAAAGAGGCAGCGGAUAGAAUUGUCUGGCUCGACGAGGAGGAAACUAAAGACGGCUGGCGCCGAACGGCUAGAAAUGGCUGAUAAGAACGAUGGGCGGCAUGAUGGGCGGGUUAUUCGGGUAGCAGCAAGGCUGCAUAGUCGUCCAUUUAGCUCUAUGAAGGGUCACACAAGCUAUUUGACGUUUGCACGACGAAAACGGGGAAAUGUGAAGGCUUCCCCAAACAACGGCGCUGGUCCUAAAUUGCUCCUUGGUGAUGCAAAAUCUGGAGCCGAUGGUUCAGGAAUCAGUCGUAGAGAAUCUUGCAUUAUAUCAUAA